AUGAACAGUGGCUAUGCUGACCGGAUUCAUGAAUUGAUGUUUAUUUCAAGAGAGUUAAGUGUCAUCCAUGAUAAAUCUUCUAUUCAGCGAAAUGGAGGCAGCAACUAUUUUAGUGAAGCUAACUACAUUGAAUUUGCUGGUGUAAAGGUAGUUACACCAACGGGUAAUGUGUUGGUGGAAGAUUUAACUUUGCGGGUUGAACCAGGAUCAAAUCUUUUGAUUACAGGUCCAAAUGGUAGUGGGAAAAGCUCUCUCUUCCGUGUUCUUGGAGGCCUUUGGCCACUAGUAUCUGGCUACAUUUUUAAACCUGGGAUUGGUUCUGAUCUUAAUAAGGAGAUUUUCUAUGUACCACAAAGACCUUAUACAGCUGUAGGAACACUUCGCGAUCAAUUAAUCUAUCCUCUGACUGUGGCUGAAGAGAGUGAACCACUUACUCAAGAGGGAAUGGUUGAGCUCUUGAAAAAUGUUGAUCUUGAAUACCUAUUGGAUCGUUAUCCACCAGAGAAGGAAAUAAAUUGGGGUGACGAGCUUUCUCUUGGAGAACAGCAAAGAUUGGGAAUGGCCAGGCUGUUCUAUCACAAACCCAAGUUUGCUAUUCUUGAUGAGUGUACUAGUGCUGUGACAACUGAUAUGGAGGAAAGAUUCUGUGCCAAGGUUCGAGCAAUGGGGACAUCAUGCAUUACUAUUUCUCAUCGUCCAGCCCUUGUUGCAUUUCAUGACAUGGUUUUGUCCUUGGAUGGGGAAGGAGGGUGGAAGGUUCAUUCCAAGAGGGAGGAUUCUCCACAACCUGCUGAAGUUCGGCUGAGUAGUUUUAUGAUAAGGUCAUCUGAGAUGAACCGCCAGAGUGAUGCAUUGGCAGUUCAGCAAGCCUUUUCUGUCACAAUAAAGGAUAGUGCAUUUCCAAAUUCAAAGGAGCAAUCGUACGUUGGUGAAGUUCUGGCAACAUCCCCUCCUGUUGACCAUAAGGUGCCAUUGCCUGUUGUUCCACAGUUGCAAAUGACCCCAAGGACAUUACCAUUAAGGGUGGCUGCAAUGGCUAAAGUACUAGUGCCUACACUGCUUGAUAAACAGGGGGCACAACUCUUUGCCGUGGCUUUACUUGUUGUUACGAGGACAUGGAUCUCAGAUCGCAUUGCUUCUUUGAAUGGGACAAGUGUAAAGUAUGUUUUAGAGCAGGAUAAGGCUGCCUUUAUUCGAUUAACUGGUAUCAGUGUUCUUCAAAGUGCCGCUUCAUCCAUUGUAGCACCAUCUUUGAGGUACUUAACAGCCAGAUUGGCCCUUGGGUGGCGAAUUCGUUUAACUCAACAUUUGCUGAAAAACUACUUGAGGAAGAAUGCAUUUUACAAGGUAUUCCACAUGUCAGGUCAUGAUAUAGAUGCAGAUCAAAGAAUAUCGCAUGAUGUUGAAAAGCUGACAACUGACCUUUCAGGACUUGUGACAGGAAUGGUAAAGCCAACCGUGGAUAUUCUCUGGUUUACUUGGAGAAUGAAACUAUUAACCGGACGGAGGGGAGUUGCCAUAUUGUAUGCUUAUAUGUUACUGGGUCUGGGUUUUCUGCGGAGUAUUACACCUGAUUUUGGGGAUCUAACAAGCCGAGAACAAGAACUUGAAGGAACUUUCAGGUUCAUGCAUACAAGAUUACGAACUCAUGCUGAAUCGGUUGCUUUCUUUGGAGGUGGUUCCCGAGAAAAAGCUAUGGUUGAUUCAAGAUUCCAGGAACUGCUUGAUCACUGUAGGAUGCUUCUGAAGAAAAAAUGGCUGUUUGGUAUAUUGGAUGAUUUUAUCACAAAGCAACUUCCACACAAUGUUACUUGGGGGUUGAGUUUGUUGUAUGCUAUGGAGCAUAAGGGAGAUCGAGCAUUGACUUCUACCCAAGGUGAACUGGCACAUGCACUGCGAUUCCUAGCAUCUGUGGUAUCACAAAGCUUCCUAGCAUUUGGUGACAUUCUUGAGUUGAACAGGAAAUAUCUUUUACUAUCUGGUGGUAUCAAUCGGAUUUUUGAGCUGGAAGAGCUUCUUGAUUCUGCUAAAAAUGGGGUUUCCCUACCAGAAUCUCAGUCAAUGUUCAAGAAAGAUGAUGUUACCACUGAAGAUAUUAUUUCCUUCUCUGAGGUUGAUAUUAUCACCCCAGCCCAGAAACUGUUGGCAAGGCAGUUGACAUUUGACAUUACACCUGGAAAGAGCUUGCUUGUUACUGGUCCAAAUGGGAGUGGAAAGAGUUCCAUUUUCAGAGUUCUUCGAGGUGUAUGGCCUAUUGCAACCGGAAGGCUGGUUAAACCUUGCCAAAAUAUCAAGGAUGUGGGAGGUUCAAGAUGUGUAUUUUAUGUUCCUCAGCGGCCUUAUACAUGCUUGGGAACCCUACGGGAUCAAAUCAUUUAUCCUCUCUCACAAGAGGAAGCUGAAUUGAGUGUAGUGAAAAUGCUUGGAACAGGUGACAACUCUGAUGAUAGAGCACAUAUACUGGACACACAUCUUAGAUCUAUUCUUGAGAGGGUUCGAUUGAUCUAUCUUCUUGAAAGAGAGGGAGGUUGGGAUGCUAGUGUGAAUUGGGAAGACAUUCUUUCUCUUGGAGAACAGCAAAGACUUGGCAUGGCCCGCCUAUUCUUUCACAAUCCUAAAUUUGGCAUCCUUGAUGAGUGCACCAAUGCCACAAGUGUUGAUGUUGAAGAACACCUGUACAAACUGGCAAAUGAGAUGGGCAUAACUGUUGUUACAACCUCUCAACGGCCUGCUCUGAUACCAUUCCAUUCCCUCGAAUUGCAAUUGAUUGAUGGUGAGGGUAAGUGGGAGCUACGUUCAAUUAAGCAUUGAGUUUGGAGUGCCACCUUCAAUUGAGCAUAAGUUGAGUGCCGCCUCAAAUUGCAAGUAAUAUAAUUUCCGUUGGGGUAAUCAGAGUCGGAGCCCUUGACUGACAGUAAGGGAAAGGACCUGAAAAUCUAUUAGUAUCCUUUGUGCCAAGAUUGGCCAACUCUUAUGAUGCCUUUUUGCUGUCACCAAGGCCUAAAAUGCUAAAACAGAUACAUCACAACAUGCUAAAGAUUUGGUGGUUGGCUGGAUAACAUUCAAUCAUUCUAUGAGCUAUGACUGUCAAAGAGACAUUCAAGUAAAAGCGGGGUAAUAAUGUGAUAAUUGGGACAGGGCAUGUUGUAUGUAAUAUAAAGAAAUCCUUCAUGUACAGGCAUGCCUGUUGGCAUGCACUCAUUUACGGUGUAAAAAUGGAUUAUUGGCGAUUGAUUAGCUAUCCCAAGAAUAAAAGGGCAGAAGCUGGAGUGAAAGAUGUAUUAACAGUGAAGGUAUCUCUUCAAUUAUUUAUAAAAUAAGCCCGAAAUGUAUUAAUUUAUUUUA